AUGCCUGUCCUUACUAGAAAGCGUAAGGCCGAACUUGAGGCUACAGAUAGAGAAGCACAAGAGCAGCUGCUAACGGAAGCAGAGCAUGCUGCGGAAGAACCUCCCUCUAAACGUCAGAAGCGUGAUGAUCCAUUCAAGAGAAUAGAUCCAUUCCGCCCUCUUUCUCCGCCUCCCAAGACGGUUAUGCGCCGACGUAAUCAGGUCAGGCUCUCCACGUUGAAGAAGAGGCCUGCCAAGUCGCAGCACCCACUGCCUAUAGUUUUCUUCACCGUGCCAGAAGCCAACCCGGCUCGACAAAUUUCAGCCAAAAGCCGAAGCAGCAAUGAUGUGGCCACCAUAAUAGCCACCAAUUCUCUAUUUGAACAUGUAGAUAGAUAUGGCGUCGAGGCGAUGCCGAGCCACCAGGCUCUCGAAAACUGGCUUGAAGAGAAUAAGGAUAAGUUUGUUCAAGCCAGAAGACAGAGAACUCGUGAACAGCCCACUGCGGUUCGCCACAUCCAAGCAGCACCUCACACCGUGGGCCCUACUGGAUCUGUAUCAGAAGCUCCAGGUGUCCACCAUCCAGCCACGAGGCCUCAUAAUGACCGACCGGUAGUUCCCGUAGCUAACGGAGGAAUAUUUCGAAGGAUGGCUCGCUAUGGUCGCCGUACAAUCGACGGCUUCUUGAGCCGAGCCGUUACAGGUCCCGACGAGCCUAUGCCUGAAGAGCCGGCUCUCAUAGUACAUAUAUCUCAAGGGAAUCUAGAACAUCUCGACCACCCCGAACACCUCAUUCAACUCAAUCGCCUAAAUCAGCCUGUCGCGGAACCUACCCAAGUUAGGCCAAUAGUGCCCCCUCUCGACCCUCGCUUCUUCCACCCUAACGGACAGUUGCAUUCCGUCUACAAGUAUCUCACCGCUCAAAUUCCCCUUCCACGACAGUGGGUGAGAUGGGCCAUUACCAAUAACAUCACCACCGUUCCCGGGCGAGGAGAUAUCCGACAUCCUGGGACGUACAUCGCCGACGACACUUUCGACUACGACGCGCUGUACCAAGCAGUCCACCGCGGCCACUUCAGGACCGGGCGCAUAGAGAUCGAUUACCACCUGGACCAUUGGCCGGGAGUGGAAGGACGGAGAGAUGAUGUGGUCGCGGACUUGGAAUUAUAUGAAUUCCGCGCCUCGCCAGACGAGAAGAGGAUUAGUGAUCGCACGUCAGAGAAGUCUGGUGCGCCGUCACCUGAGCCACCACCGCACGGGGCACUUCGAGUAUCACCUGGUCGGCCCGAGCCCGGACUUCCCCACUCCAAUCGCAUGUACAGCCUCCUGAAUAGCUCUUUCGACCCGGUCAACAUUUGCAGGUGA